UCCUUCUUUACACAUCAAACACUUGUUGCAAGCUAGGCUAGUAAUAUUAUAGGCCACCUCACUACAAAGUACUAUGGUGGCAAAAUUUCUCCUAUUCUUCCUCCUCCAUUGCACCACUACCCUUGCUCAGGGUCCGGCAGCAGCUCCAGCACCGGCUGGCCCAACAAAUGUCACGAAAAUCCUCGAAAAGGCCGGCCAAUUCACUGUCUUUAUCCGACUUCUGAAAGCCACCCAAGAGGAUGUCACGUUAAAUGGUCAGCUCAAUAACACUAACAAUGGCAUUACCAUGUUCGCACCAAGUGAUAGUGCCUUUCAGAGCCUCAAAACAGGCACCCUCAACUCCAUAAACGAUCAAGAAAAGGCUGAGCUUGUGCAGUUUCACAUCAUUCCAACUUAUCUAUCGAGCUCCCAGUUUCAGACUGUGAGCAAUCCUGUGACCACACAGGCAGGAUCAGGCGAUAGAUUUCAGCUUAAUAUAACCACCACAGGGAAUUCUGUCAAUAUCUCCACAGGACUUACAAAUACAAGUGUAUCUGGCGCUGUGUACACCGAUGGGCAACUUGCCGUUUAUCAGGUUGACAAGGUGCUACUUCCUAUAGAUAUUUUUACCCCUAAACCACCAGCCCCGGCACCGUCGCCAGAGACACUUAAAAAGAAGAAGGCAAAGAGUGCAGAGAGUCCAGUUGUUCCUAAGGAUAUUUCUGGAGCAGUAAACUUUAUAGCGAGUAACAAUGUGGUUUUCUUUGGAGUUGGUAUAGUUAGUGCAAUACUUUCUUGGUGACACAGAAGACAUUUGAUGAGGCAUGUUGGGGCGAGGUCAGUUUCCCAGUGGUGUAUGAUUUUGCUGAGUUGGGUUGAAUAUGAUGAUGAUCAAGAUAUGGUGAGUGCUUUUAAAUAAUUGUUGUUUUUGCUCAGUCCCAAUUGUAUCAUUUAAGUUUGUGAUUAAGAUUGAGUUUUUUAUGUUUUCUUUUGUUGGGAUUUUUGUUAUUCCCCUUUUUCUUUUUCAGAUUUGUUCUACUUUGAGAAUUUUGUAACAUAUAUAGUUUUAAAAAGAAUAUGCAUCAAAUGCUCUUUUUUUUUU